CAGAUUCCUCGAAGCGGGCCUCUCGGAGCGCCCCAAGAUCCGAGUGCUCAUGCUAGGGCCAGAGAAAGGAGCUGCGUCUUCUCUCCUUCACCCUGCACUUAAGAAUAGCAUCUCCGCCGUCUAUUUCUCCGUGGUGGGAACAAAUUCAUCUUGGAUUGAGGUCGUACGUCGGUGCCUCUACUGCCGAGGGGGGGAGGCCGGGGUAGAGCCACUAGGCCCCUGGCACUCUCGCGAAGCCAUGCCCACUGAAGAGGCAUUGUUUCCAGACGAAUUUCGCAACUUCUACGGCCACAGAUUCCGCGUCGUAACUCUGCGCUAUUUUCCGUUCAUCGAAUACACGAGAGAGAGUGACGCGCCGGGUUCCAAGGUGUCUCCGAGGGACUGUCUCGACCUGCGCAUUCUCUCCUCGCUCGCUUCACGCAACAAUUUCACCUUCGAGAUCCGGGAACCCCUCGACGGCGAGUGGGGCGUCCCGCGCGCCGACACCGGGAACUGGUCGGGGAGCGUCGGGACUUUACAACACGACCUCGCCGACUUCUCCAUGAACCUGACACCGACGCGAGAGAGGUUCCGUGUCAUCCAGUUCUCUCGCGUGUACGUGUCGGAUCCGUAUGUCCUGGUGUCGGCCAAGCCAGGGAUUCUGCCGCCCAUCUUCGCCAUUGUGCGGCCGUUCACAGCUGAUGUCUGGUCCUCCGUCGCUGGGUGUACACUGCUCACGGGCGUUGUGUUGUGGGUGUUGAUGUGGGCGUGGAGGCGUGUGUUUGGCGGGCGUGGAUUUAAGCUGAGUGACGCCCUUAUGUAUCCGUGCAGUCUCCUGCUGGAGGACCCGCCCUAUGAACCGCCCUCCGCUUCUUCGGCCAGGGUUUUGCUCGGAUGGUGGCUGGUGGCGUGUGUGGUCAUCGGAACAGCCUACAGGUCAUCUCUGGUCGCUUUCCUGACCGUGGAGGGCAAGACGCCUCCUAUCAACAGCUUCGAUGACCUGGUUAAGCGGCCAGGGUGGCGGUGGGGCAUGAAGCCAAGCACAGGGUCUUUCUUUGCUUAUUUUAACAGCAGUAAGGACCCCACGACUCAGCUUGUUAAUAAGGGGAUGGAGGUGGACGAUCUCGAGGGCCAGAUGAAGAAAGUGAUGGCGGGGGGCUACUCCUUCGUCAGCACCAAGCUCUACAGCCGCUCCGUCAUCGCCUCCCAGUACACAGACAGCCGGGGUUACACGCCUUUCUACACAGGGACACGAGAGUAUCAUCACCCGCCGGGGAACAGCUGGGGCGUCAGGCGUGGAGGUCCCUUCCUCGACUACCUCAGCACAAAGAAGCUCCAGCUGAUAGAGGCGGGGCUUAUCAACUACUGGCUCGAUGACGUCAUCAGAACCAACGUGAGGGAGACGCGGGCGAAGGGGAAGCAGCAGACGAUCGCCGCGCAGGACCAGAACGAGGGCCGCGUGGUUCUCGGCCUCCACCACCUGCAGGGCGCCUUCUACCUCCUCUUCCUCGGUCACUCGGUCGCUCUCUGCACCUUGCUCCUGGAGGCUUUGACCCAGAAGCUCCCCUUCGGCAGGACCUCCUCAAGGGGUGCCAGGAAGACCUUCGCUGCUUAACACGCCUGAAGGAGGGGCAGAAGGAGUUGAAAUAAGGAGUUAGAAGUUGGGAAAAUUUUAGAUAAAGAAGAUGGCGGGGGAUUUAGCAACGGAGAAUGAUUUUGAAAUGAGGAAUGCUUGGGAAAAAUACUUUUGAGAAAGGGAAUGGUUUGGAAAGAGCGGUGAUUUUGAAACUGAAAAUAUUUUGAGGAAAAAGAUGCUUUUGAAAUGGGGAAUGAUUUAGUUGGUUCUGAAAUUGGGAAAUAUUUGGAAAAUGAGCUGAUUUUGACAUAAGGAAAGUUUUGGGAAAAAUGAUUAUUUCAUUUUGGGAAUGAUUUAGAAGUGGAAUUCAAUGAAAAGGGGAAAGGAAG